UCGAAAAGAAAACCGACACCGUAUCCCCACGAGUUUAAGCGUGAUCUCCUCUUGAUAUUUAGCCAGGACUUUUGGGGGGGAUUGUUCCAAUAGCACACUACGUCGGCGGUCGCCCGUCGACUCGAUCGCGUGCACUGUCUGUCUCUGGUGUUGUUUAUUGGCUGACUCGCGCCGCUCUCUCGUGCGGAGUGAUAGCGAGAGCUGUGGGGUCCCGUGAACACCGAUAGAGUGCACUCUGCUCCACACACACGCGCGCGCGCAAGAAGGGGCGCCAGCAACUGUUCUCAUCGUAGCCUAUAGCUUCGGGGUCACUUCUAGAUCGUGGACUGAUUUCUUCGGCACGGAGAAUAUAUUGCAAAUGAUCAGCAUUUAGGUCGCCGGAAAACGCCUGUACCGGCACGGAUAUUCACGUGCUUGGUGGAAACUCGUACUGACCACAUCGCGGUGUACACACGCUCCAGUGUUUCCUCCUGAUCUGAGGAUAAUUGGCACGCGCGCUCUCUCCCUCCCUGCUGUCUUUCUCUCUCGCAAAUCAUGGAAUUAUGGAUAAAGUUUAUAUUUUUCUGCGGUUGGUGCGUCGGAGCAAGUGCAGACUUUGACGGCAGGUGGCCACGGCAGAUGGCCCCCUCCAACGGCCUGUGUCGCUACGGGGCCCGGAUGGACUGCUGCUGGGGCUGGACUCGGCGCUCCUGGGGCCACUGCCAACCGCUCUUCGCCCUAACACACAGGGUAGCCGGAAUACGAUGCCAACCUCAAGCCCAGUGCCAGCCCGGGUGUAAACACGGAGACUGUGUCGGACCCAACAAGUGCAAGUGCCACGCGGGCUUCACCGGGAAGACCUGCAACCAAGACCUGAACGAGUGUGGCCUGAAGCCGAGGCCCUGUAAACACAGGUGCAUGAACACCUACGGGAGCUACAAGUGCUACUGCCUCAACGGCUACAUGCAGAUGCCUGACGGGACCUGCGGAAGUGCCCGUACGUGCGGCAUGGCCAACUGCCAGUACGGCUGCGAGGUGUCCAAGGGGGAGGUCCGCUGUCAGUGUCCAUCGCCAGGGCUACAGCUGGGGCCCGACGGGAGGACCUGCGUGGACGUGGACGAGUGUGCCACGGGGAUUGCGGUGUGUCCCCGCUUCAGGAAGUGCAUCAACACGUUUGGGAGCUACAUCUGCAGGUGUCACGAAGGGUUCGACCUGCAGUACAUCGGCGGGAAGUACCAGUGUCGAGAUGUGGACGAGUGCUCUUCAGGCCGGAGCGACUGCGGGAGCUACGCUACAUGCUACAACACGCCGGGGUCCUUUAAGUGCAAAUGUAAAGGCGGCUACGGGGGGAUGGGCCAGUACUGCAAACCCGUGCCCAAGGUGUUCAUCGCCCCCGGAAGACCCGGGACCCCCCCCCCGAACCACCACAACCACCUCCCCGACGUGGACCAGCGACGGACCACCACCACCCUCCGCCCGCCGGUGACCCCCAAGAGAAUACCCUACGUCCAACCCAGGACCACCACCACCAGCACCACCACCACCACCACCACCACCACCACCACCAAGGCAUCCCCUCCAAAGAGGGUCACCCCGGUGAGGCACAAGCCCCUGGUUCCCACCCGGAGGCCCUUCAUUCCCACCCGGAGGCCCGUCAUUCCCACCCGGAAGCCCGUCAUUCCCACCCGGAAGCCCGUCAUUCCCGCCCGCACGCCGCCGGCGGUCCCCCACAAGCCCUACGUGCCGCCCAGGCGACUGCCGGCAACGCCGCCCCCGUCAACUGCACCACCUCCGCCACCACCCCCACCGCCCCCGGCCCGCAAAGGACCCGUGGCGCCCCCGACCAGGCGGGCCCCGCCGGCCACGCCCGUAGACAACAGCAUCGGGAAGGAGGUGACGAGGCAGAGAGGAGACGUCCACAUUCCACGGAACCACGACCACAACACGGUGGUGGGGGGCCUGGACUUUGACAUCGAGCCGGGGAACACGGCGGACGAGCCUAACGACCAGCCCAGAGAGGACCGGCCCGGGGCCGACGCCCAUCAGCACCCAGAGUCGGGCUAUCUGAGCUGCUCUUUUGACCAGGGGCUGUGUGGCUGGAUCAAGGACAAAGACGGAGACCUGCACUGGGAGACCACCGCUGAUCCAGCAGGGGGACGCUUCCUCACCAUCCCCGAGGCGGCGGCGGCGGCCGGGGCGGCGGGGGGGGGCAGCCGGAGGAGGAGCGGCCGGGGGGCACGGCUGGUCCUCCCCCUGACCCCGCCCUGGGACCAGGGCAACCUGUGCCUGUCCUUCCGCCACAGCCUGGAGGGCCACCACGUGGGCAUGCUGCAGGUGUUUGUGAAGAAGGGCCGGCAGUACAGCCCCGCCGUGUGGGGCCGGACGGGGGGCAGCGGCUGGAGGCACACCCAGAUCACCCUGUGGGGCACCGGGCUGGAGAGCGUGAUCCUGAAGGGGGAGCGUGGGCGGGGCAAGAGCGGCGAGAUGGCGGUGGACGACAUCACGCUGAGGAAAGGCUCGUGCGUGGAGGAGCACAGCAGCGUGAGGAGACUUUGAUGCACGCACCCGGUCGAGGACGCAGUGGUAACCCAUGACAACAAAGGGUGAAGAAGAAGAGAGGAUAUUAAUAUCUGACUCUGAGAGCAGACUCUUAAUUGUGUCACAGCCCCCCCCCCUCC